UUCAACUAACACCGGCAUUUUUCACAAUGAUUUACUUGACACAAAGGUAGAAAUAGUAGGUAAUUAAUAAAGGAAAUUAAUAAGAAACUAUUUAAUGAAGAUUUGAGGUAUAUAUGCCCCAUAACCAUUAAACCAUUGUUCCGUACCUACAGAUUCAGGUGGUCAAGAAAACGUCAGCGACGAAUUUACAUGUCAUUAGUUGUGACUCUUCUCGAAAUGCUGUUAAAGGGAUUAUCUUGGCGACCAAAAUACAUCCGUCCGACAAGGUCUGAAAUCGAUUCCUAUGGUACUGUUACAUGUACCAACUUGUUAUAAGAUUGAACUUUAGAAAACUCAACAAGUCGAAGUUUGCACAAAACUCCAAAAAUGGAGGACCUGUUUUUCAUUCUUUCAAAAAAAACUAGGGAAAAGACCGUCCAUGAGAUCGAUAUCAGCGUUAUUAUCUGAUAUUCUAUGAGUGUCCUCUGAUAAUAUCUUUAGCGAAAUCAUGAAAACCUCACACAAUUGUAGGUUAUUUUACCAGGCAUUGCGACAAUAUUUGAUGAAUUUUGAAUUUGGGCAAUAACAACGCAUACACGAGAUGAUUCGCUGCGUGGAAAACAUUCUAUGAAAUUUCACACAGACCAACAGAUUUUCCAGUGAGAUAAGUCUACGUUGCCCAGCAAUCAAGCGUUGUUGUUAAUAUAAGUUUUAUAUAUUACAGAUAAAAAUAUGUGCCAAAACCUCCCCUUCACUGUAUAUUUAGAAGCUGUUACCAAUCGAUUUUUAAAGCAGCGAAAUUUUUUUUACCGAAAAAGCUAUCGCUUUCUGUCGUGAUGUUGCACCAUCUAAUCUAUGGUUAGAUUACCUAAAUCGAAAAAUGCCUGAGAGACUGAUUUCAUUGCGUGAUUGACACGUGAUUCAAAUUCUUCGAAAUCUCGGUUGUUAACUCAGCUGUAUGAGGAAAACGACGAAAUCUUUACUCGGUUUCUUUUGCACACUUAGGUUCGCCGGCUAUAAAGAGGCUCUUGCUUAAAUUGGAGUGAAAGAAUGUGUCUGCAAAUCCUUCUGAAUGCAGUUGAGUAUGUCAUAUCUAAAUUCGAAUUCAAAUAUUAAGGAAACUAGUGACAAUGGCUAUUCUUGGUAUGAGUGUAACUGCUGUCCCUAUGGCUACCAUAUCGACUUGGAUUUCGUUCGUUACUGUGAAUCCAUCAGUAAGGAAGCCGAUAAUCGAACCGGCUCCAUUAAAAGAAGAAAAGAUAGAAGAAAACAACGACAUUCUAUGGAAGUACUAUUGGGACUUACAGCCCCCUUAAUCACUUCAUCUGAACACACCUAUACAACAAUACAGGAGCAAAACUCUUUGUCGCCGGUGUCAACAAAAACUACAAGAAAUAAAUUUCCGUUUAUAACCGAUGGGUUCGAUGAUGCUGUUACCGAUUUUGAAAGAACACUUCAAAGGUCUAAAAACAAAUUGUCUAAUAACUUGCCAGAUGUUACUGCCGUCUCAGUUUCCGGUCCAACCAUGACUGUUUUACCUUCAGCCCAUGACGGGACUGCGAGGCACGAUUUCGACACUGCGACCAUUGAAACAUGCGGAAUGAGCCCUUUAGCAUUGCAGAAGAUACGAGAACAAAUGGCCUUGAGUCUCGAGAGAACUAAACAAUUAGAAGAUCAAGUUAAAUUAGUUCCAGACCUUAAGGUGCAAGUGUACCUUCUUAAAGAAGAAAAUCGUCGACUCCUUUGCCAAAUCAGGUCGGAUGAAGACAAAAAACUAGAUACUAUUAAUGGGCAUUACAGUCGACAGUACAACCGACAAAGAUCUCACUCCUUCACAGAAGUAAAUAAUUUUGAAACUUCAAUGAAAAAAGAAUCUUCACCUCCUCCGCCGCCGCCACGAAAAGAUUUUGGAGUAAUGUGUGGCGUAUUAACCAGAAAUAUUGGAGUCGGGAAUCAAAUUCCAAAUACAAAAAGUGUUUCAACGGCAACGCCAGAAAAUGAUUUUGCAGAUAAAUGGCUACACGAAAAGGUUAAAUUCAUGCAAAAUCAAAGCUUAUUACAAGCUACUACUAGCAACAAAGAAACUCAAACUUUGGUUCCUAAAGGAAGUAGAGACAUUGGCAUACAGUUCCAGUUUCAGAAAAUUGUUACACCCAAAUUUAGUACAUAUACACAAACACUAGACAUUAACAAACAUUUAGUUGAAAGAGGAGUUUUAGCAAAAGCUAAGCUGUCUGAUGUUUCAAUUCAAAAAUAUGUAGAAUGUUACUCAAUAGGAAGUUCAGACGAUACUAUUAACGACAAUAUUUGCGACAAAUGUAACAAAUUGAAAAGAUCAGUAGCUGUAGGUCCUCAGAACCAUGAAGAUAGCCAUACGUCUCCAAUAUCAUUAGCAUCACUUACAUCAAGAAGUAAAUCUUUCAAUAUGGGGGAUGAUAGACUCAACUUUACUGCCAGAACUCGAACGAUAGCAUCACAAUACGAAUCAACUAAUAUUAAUAGAUCAUGUCAGGCGGACCUUCAAAAACCGUCGUCGACUAAAAUAUGCCAAAUUCAACCGAAAAUGGUGGAUAAAAAUACACAAUACGAGAAAUUCACAGUUUCCAGACUCACGGAUACCAAAGAUCUAACGGUGGUAAAUAACGUUAGUUGUGAGGCAAAAGAAGAAAAAUUAGAAACCGUUAACACUGGCUGCAAUACUGUUGCAGAUCUAACAAUUUGCAUAAAGUGUGACAAAGAAAAAGAGAAUCUCAAAAAAGACGGAGGUAGUCCAACACCAUCUAGAAUACCUCGCCCUCAAAUUCCCACGACACCUGUAGAAAAUAGAAAGUUUAGAAGGCAAGAUACUUAUACCAAAGUGUAUUCGCCCACCGAUAAAACAUCAAGAUUAUCUGGAUUAGAUUUAUCCCCAAAAGUUAUUUCAAACGAUACGAAUCCUUUAGAUAAAGUCAAAACCAACCUCAAACUCGGAGAUACAGUCUCACAUGCUCAAAAUGGUGUCAAUUCUUUGACUUCUAUAACUAAAGUUCAAGUUCAAGAGAUUACACUGCCCACUUCAGUAUCAACUAUUUAUCAACCCAUUGCACAUAAUCAUAACAGAAAAAAAACUGUGCCAAGUAAAGAAAUGCAAGGUGCGAUGAAAGUCUUAAAUGACGCUCUAAUGAAAACACCUUCUAAAAAUCUCAAAAAUCCCACCGCAGUUGACAUAGUUCAAACAGAAUGGUUUAAAGUUUCUAGUUUAGUUACCGCUAACCCGUUAGAUGUAGAAGAUUAUCUUGAUGCUCUGGAAGAUAUGUCAAGUUUAUUAUUAGAAUAUGUAGUCAAUAUGAGUGAUUCCAGUGGCAAUACCGCAAUGCACUAUGCAGUCUCCCAUGGAAACUUUGAUGUAGUGUCUAUUUUAUUAGAUUCUAAAGUAUGUGAUAUCAAUAAACAGAAUAAAGCGGGAUAUACGAGUGUUAUGUUAGUCUCUUUAGCAGAAGUUAGAUCACAGACCCAUGCCAAUGUCGUUAGAAGACUUUUCCAAUUAGCUGAUGUGAACAUUAGAGCAAAACAGCAUGGGCAAACAGCUCUAAUGUUAGCAGUCAGCCAUGGGCGAUUAGAUAUGGUGAGAAUGUUAUUAGAAGCAGGUGCUGACAUAAAUAUACAAGAUGAAGAUGGAAGUACUGCCUUAAUGUGUGCCGCUGAACAUGGUCAUAUAGAAAUUAUUAAACACUUUUUAUGUCAACCAGAUUGUGAUUCUACUAUUACAGAUGUGGACGGCAGUACAGCUCUAAAAAUAGCUAUGGAAGCUGGUCAUCGACAUAUAGGAGUGCUUCUUUAUGCCCAUGAAAGAAACCUUCAAAAAAUGCAUAAUGCUAAGCUUAAGAAGGCUAAAUCCAUCAGUAGUCCAAAAACCCCUUCUUCUCCAUUGGCUGUCAGGAGCAGUCAGCGUGCCUUAUCUGAUACGAAACCUAAAUAGUUGUAAUCCUUUGUUAAAUGUGUUCUAGAAUUUAUUAUAAAUUAAUAUGCGUGUUUUACUCUCUAUUGAAUGUUGUAGUAUAUGUAUUGUAAAACUUUUCUGACUUUCCUUGUCUUUGGUUAUUGGUAUGAUUGAUAACUUACUGACAAUUACAUGAUUUUUUAAUGCAUUCCUGGAAUAUAUACUGCAUACACUAAAUUAUCAGAUUGGAUUUAGUUAUUAUUAUUUAACUAAUAAAUCAUCAUAGUGCAGUAACGACAACUGAAUUUCUAAGCCUGCGGCUUACAAAAUUUGUUGUUACACGCCAAUUAAUUGCACUUUUUAGAAUUUUUAUACAAUAACAAUAACACUUUUAAUUAUAAGAAACUGAUGAAUAAGAAUUGGGUUAAGAAUUGUUGAAACAGAGUUUUAAAAAAAGUCGGUAUUUGUGUACAAGUCAACGAAGUGUAGGAACGAUUGAAUAGUUUUUUGUAGUUUUGUAUAAUAUGAGUGAGAAUACUGUACUAAUAUUAAAUUGAUUAAACCGUUGUUGAUACUUUAUAUUAAAUUUUAAAAUUCGAGUUAUUGCCUUAUUGUUAUAUGGAUCAUAGGUAGAUGUGUAAAUGUUCAUACUUCUAAUAAUCAUGAAUUUGUUUGCAUGAAUAUGAGAUUAUAUUGUGUGUAUUAUGUUUUUUAAAUGAUUACUUUGCAACUCUAUGUAAUAGGCUCGAAUAAUAGAACAUAACUAAAGACAAAUAUUUGUAUAGUUAUAGAAAACAAUUAGUUUCUUCCCUAAUUCAUGAAUUCUGUAUUCUUCUAUAUAUGUAUAUGUCACCAUAUGAUUGUGAACAUUGUUAGUUCAUAAUCACUCUCGCGAUAUUAUAAACUGACGAAUAAUUGUGAACUGCAACCAACCAUUUACAAUUUUACGUAUCAUUUCUCGAUAGUUUACAAUCUGUCAAUGUCGAAUGGUCAAAUUGCAAAAUAACAUGCAGGGUUCAUAAUAUGUCCGGUUUUAUCAUCCGUCAAAUUAUGAACCGGCCCCGAUUGGUGGGACUUGGCAGUAGCUCGUUCUGUAUCCAUGGAGUUAAGAAGCAAACGUGAGAGGCAAGAAAAGAAAAUUCACAAUUAAUUGUGUGAUAUCAGGUAUUUACGUUUUAUGUUAAUAGCUAUGUAUGUGUAGUAGCAAAAUAAAAAAAUCAGCAGUAAAAAAUGUUCAUUUAUUGCAACAUGUCAGAGAACUAUGACAUCUGGAAUUACAUAAAACGUUAGCUUUUUUACAACGACAUUUGUUAGACACACAUUGUCCUUUUUCAUUAUUUCUGCAAUUGCACUGUUUCAUGGCUUGUCCGCCGAAAGAAGAGGACAUUGACGCGACAGUUCUUAACGGCAAUGUCCCCUGAAAAAGUAGUAAAUGUGGUGUUUAGUUGAACAAUUACUUAUUCUGUAGAAUUUUAACUUAAUUUGUGUUGAGAAAUAGUUAUUUAUACACCAAGUGAGCUAUAAUACAGUUUAUUUACGAAAAGAAAGUUUUAAGCGCAUGAGUCCGUAGGGAGAAUGAGAUAAUUUCUUUGAGUAAAUCAACUGUCUCAGCUCACGUGGUUUAUAUGUCAUAGUUUAAUGUGGCAAAAUUAUAUAAAAUAAAAACUGAAACAAGGUGUAAGUACUGAUGAUGACGAAGAGACUAAUCUAUUUCAUCAAGAUAGGUUAUAAUUUAGUUGUAAUUUAUUAGACAGAGAAUGAAAUACAUUUCUAAGAACUAUUUUUAAGUGAUAUUAACUAGUUAAAUUAAUACUGACCUCUGGAAUAUCAUUAAGUAGUGUCGCUCUUGGAGAUGAAAGAACAGCAUUUCGUGGCAUCCAAUCGACUCCAAAAGCAGUGCCAAUUCGGUAUAAUUUUUAUUAUAGUUUUCCAACAAUUUGAUCACAAUUUGUAUUUUUUCACUAGUCCAUUACAACGUUUUACUAUUUGCACUGUGCCCUCUGUAAUAGGUUUGUAACUCUAUGGUAAAUUAUUCUUCAUCCACAAUAACUGGUGAGUUUUGCGGAAGGACUGGUUCAAUUUCGGACAUUGUUAUAAUUGGAUAUAGCCUCACAAAUAAUAAUAUUUCACAAGUUUUUUAUACAUUAAAAAUGUUACUUUAAAUAUGAAAAUAGUGAAUAUACUAUUUAAAACAUAUAUAAAACACUUAGUGAAAAUCAUAAGAACAUUUGUUUGUUUACAUUCAGUGACUAGAGAAUGACCGCCAAAGUUAGCGGCGCUUAACACUGCACGUUCAAGCAAUCAGCGAACAGUUCAAAAUUGUAAAUAGUUGUUUGCAGUUCACAACUAUUCGUCAGAUUAUAAUAUCGCGAGUGAUUAUAAACUAACGAUGUUUACAACCAUACCGUGACAUAUAUUGUUUAUGAUGUGUUUUUGCUUUUGCACCAAAUUUUCUCCAUUCUUUACAAUUUUUAUUAGGAGCUUCCAGUUUCCCGUGCUUGUACAAAUGUUAAUAAUUUAAUUAACGUUUUUUUUAUCUGGCGAAUUUAAAAAAUGUGCAAGACUUCAGUGUAGUUUAUUCUAAUUUUUCGAUAAUAGUAAGAAGUAUUGUCUAAGCAAUUGACAUUAUAAACGAUGACAUCAUAAAUAUUCUAGAUAGACUCUAAUAAAUGUUCAAAAUCAGCAAAGAUAUCUAAAACCAAGCAAUUCAAAUUCUGUAAGUUCAACAUACAAAUAUCCUAAUCUUUUUGAUGAUUUGUGAAAUAAUAAUGUUGAUAUUCAAAUACAUAUACUACUUUUGUUUUUUAAAAAUAUGCUUGAUUUCUUAGCUUCUUACAUUUAUUUUCAAUGUAUUUAAUGGAGUUCAUAUGAGACUGUAGUAGAAAUAUCUAGAAUAUAUACAUCUUAUAUCUAUGUAGUAAAACUUUCUACUAUAUUCAUAUUAACUUUACUAGUUUACAAUAAAAACUAGGACAUUAUUGAAAAGUAAACCUCUUAACAAACAUCAUUCAGGCAAUUUCAAGCCUAAUGAAUGGCAAUGUAACAAAAUAAAAUUUUAAUCAUAAAAAUUAAUUUAUAUUACCCCAAAUAUUCGUAAGUUUUUAUUCAACCAGAGUAUAUGUUACGUUACUUAAUGUUCUAUCUUAGUUGUAACUAAGAUAUUGAUAGAAUCUACAAAUUGUCCCUAGAUUGUUCCAAAAUCAUGGAUUCAUGUUUCGAUUUAUAAAUUUAUAAUGAUAUACACCAUGAACUCAUCCUAGAAGGCUCAAUACUGUUUACAAAAUAGAAAUAAAUGGCACAAAAACGCAAUAUCAACCCACUUCAACUAAAAAAAAUGAAUGCUUAUUAAAAUUACAUUUUGAAGUAAUGUUUCCUAACUGUUAUACACACAUAUUAUUUUUUUGAAGGAAUCAUAGUACUAUGAAAGGCUUCAAAACAGUUGUUUUCCCUGUUUCAGGCAGGUUAUAGAUAUUUUCAGGCCUAAACUUCCAUUUUUCCAAAACUUGCACAAUAUUUUGAAAAAAUGUGUCAACCUUAGCUUUGGUGAAUCCUAUCGACGUUUUUGGCUUUCUCAGUGAAAGGUCCUUAUAACAAUCCAUAAAACUUUUUCGCCAAUAUUCUCCUGAAAUAUCAAUAAAAUUUUUAUAAUAAACUGCAAGUUUUCCUAGUUCACGAAUGUAAGUUACCAGCUUAUCAAGUUUUGGAGAACCUUAGAAUUUGACAAUGUCAUGGCAAAUUCGUACGCCUAUAUUUGGAUGUGAGUACAUGAUAAAAAUUUAAAUUGGAGCAUUUUUUAUGUAGCAGCAAAGCUUGUUUUCUUCAUCGACAGUUGAUAUUUGUUUAUUCUUGAACUCGUUUCCAUAUUUAGGAAUUGCAGAAUCUUCUCCCGAGCUCUCCUUUUCGGAAUGCUCCAUGCUCAUUACUACUUCCAGACGAGUCUUUUAUUAAGUAAAAUCUUCACUCUUGAUUUCAAUGUUGUUCUUUUUACGCCAUGCUGCCUUGUAGCUUCAUUGAGACCACUCAUUCUUUUAAUAAGCCAAGAUGGCAUUUUUCAUUUUCAGUUCGUCGAUCUGCCUGUUCGUUUUUUUAUAUUUAAUAAAAAAAUGAAAAAUAACCCAUCCUUCUCCUGACCGAAUCCUACCUGUACGUAUAAAAUUAACAAUGGCGACCAUAUAUAAAACAUGUUUUAGUUUCAAAACUUUAACAUUCCGAAAAUGUACAUUAAAUAUAUUAUUUUACGCCUAUCUAUUAUAUUAGGGCAAUAGGCAAAUUUGGAUUUAAAUAUCAAAAGUUGUGGGAGCAAAAUAAUUACUUUUUUGUGCCAAAAAUAAUAAUGAUUACCCAAAUUUACGGCAAAUUUGAAUAUAAAACGAAAAUAACCUACUGGCCAAAUCCUUCCAUUGUUUCACUAUAUAAAAACAACUGAGGUUAUUAUUUUCAGAUAUCAUAUUCGAGAGCCAAAAUUAGAAUAGUACAACAAUACAAGAAAUUUUCCUGUGUAUCUAUUUACGUGUAUACAAGGAGGAUAUUAUUUCUAAUUAAACCUAUACAUUUCAUUUAUAUUUCAAAUAUAUUUUUUUAUAAACAAUUUUAUUUGUACGUUAAAAAGUGGAAAUACCAAUAAAAUGCAUUUAUCUUACUAUACUAUUGAAUUUGAUUACUUAUUAUGGAUGGAACUGUACAGGGACCAUAAUUUUAUUUUUUUUUUUUUGUAAAUUGAACUACUUUUUAACAUUCCAUAUACAGGGUACAUCCAAAAAAAGUCGAUGCGAAACAUGUGUUGUUGAAUAUGAAGUUUUACAUAUUUUAUCUAUAAAAGUACACAUGUCAAGUAUUGGCGUGAAUAACCAGUAGAAUUGUAAAAAUGUAUUUACUUUAUAUUUCUACUUAACUUUAUAACAUAUUCGUUCUGAGAUUUAUUUGCUUUUACGAUUUCAAAUUUAAUAAUUUCACCUGGAUUAUAUCUACUAAUAUUAAAUAAAAAUUGUAAUUUGAAAAUAAAAGAUACUGAUAUUUAUUCUACUGUGUAGUGUAUUAUUUAAAUUA